CCUUCUUUCCUGCCAAAUCGAUACACCAUAACAAAAAAAAAGCCAAUAUGGGGAACAGAAAAAUUACACUAAGGACAGUUAAAAACCGAGAAAAUAUCCAUCCUUAUUCAAGGAAGGCACACCAGCUUUCUCGAGUUUAUCAACGUAGAGAAAAAAUGUCAGAGAAAGAAAAGAAAAAAGCCGCAAAUCCUAAAGGUGAACGCUGGGUAUGGUUUAGGUAUGCAUUUGAUGAAGAGAAGCCGGCUGCUACAAAAGCUGAAUUGCAAGAACUAGUAGAAAUUUACUUACAACGACAUGAUGAGGAGAUAAAUGAAUUGGAAGCAGCGAGAACAAGAGGACAUAAUAGAAAAGCCAAAACACCUCGGCAAGAAUUUUUAGAAGCAUUGAAAGAAAGUGAAACAAACGAAUACAUAGCAGGAAUGGAAUUACCGGAUAUGACAAAUGGCAAAAUGUUAAAGCUACUUCGAGAAUGGGAUGGGGAUAAGAAUGGUAUGUCACGUAUCAGGACCAUAAGAGUACACAAGCCUGUAACAACUGCAACAACUUCAAACGUCUCAACGGAAACAGCGCAGAAACAGAAUAACGAUACUACGAACAAUGAUGUUAAAAAGGCAGUAGAAACGGAUAGAAUGGAAGAGUAA